GCAAUGCAGUGUGGUACCACGACUGUCAUCGUGCAUCUUUCCUCACUCGGCUUGUGUUCAGCCCGAGCCGCGCGCAGGCAGAAGCAGCAUCCCUCAUUAAUUGGACCUCCACGGCACGCGCAUCCUACAGGAAAAAUCCUCGACGCCGGAUUUUUUUUGAAACGACAGCCAAAGCGACCUUUGAAAAACAGACUUGGCUGAUCGACACUGUCCGAAGAACCGAAGCCAGACGCCAGGCUAAACCGCACUGCCUGAGGAACUGAACCAGUUUUUGGGGUCCCCUCCCCGCCCUGAACCCAAGCCGCCGCAGCCCCUUAGAGUGUAGCCCCUCCCCCCCCCUUCCAACUCGAAGCGAAGCUCCUCCCCCGGCCCCGCCCCCUCUUCCAAAAUGGAGGACGGCUACCGAGACCGGACGGCGUUCAUAAAGGGUGCCAAAGACAUCGCCAAGGAGGUGAAGCGGCAGGCCGCCAAGAAGGUGGGGAAGGGCGUGGACAAGGUGACGGACGAGUACAGCAAGCGCUCCUACACCCGCUUCGAGGAGGACGACGACGACGACUACCCGGUGCCGCCGGGCCAGGACGGCGGCUACUACCGCGGCGACGAGGCGGCGCACAGCGACUCCACCGAGGGCCACGACGAGGACGACGAGAUCUACGAGGGCGAGUACCAGGGCAUCCCGCGCGCCGACUCGAGCAAGGCCGACGGGGAGCCGGGACUGGAGGCGGGGCCGGGGGCGGGGCCGGGCGGGGCCCAGUUCCGGGACUUCGGCGACUCGGCGGGCGAGCGGAGGAAGGACCAGGAGGAGCUGGCGCAGCAGUACGAGACCAUCCUGCAGGAGUGCGGCCACGGGCGCUUCCAGUGGAGCCUCUACUUCGUGCUGGGCCUGGCGCUCAUGGCCGACGGCGUGGAGAUCUUCGUGGUGGGCUUCGUCCUGCCCAGCGCCGAGAAGGACAUGUGCCUCUCCGAACCCAACAAAGGCAUGCUGGGUCUCAUCGUGUACCUGGGGAUGAUGGUGGGGGCGUUUCUCUGGGGGGGGCUGGCCGACCGGAUCGGCCGACGGCAGUGCCUGCUCAUCUCCCUGUCCAUCAACAGCGUCUUCGCCUUUUUCUCCUCCUUCGUGCAGGGAUACAGCACCUUCCUCUUCUGCCGCCUGCUCUCCGGCGUCGGUAUUGGGGGCUCCAUCCCCAUAGUCUUCUCCUACUACUCUGAGUUCCUGGCCCAGGAGAAACGGGGGGAGCACCUCAGCUGGCUCUGCAUGUUCUGGAUGAUUGGCGGCAUCUACGCCGCGGCCAUGGCCUGGGCCAUUAUCCCCCAUUACGGCUGGAGUUUCCAGAUGGGCUCGGCCUACCAGUUCCACAGCUGGAGGGUGUUUGUGCUGGUGUGCGCCUUCCCCUCUGUGGCGGCCAUUGCAGCUCUGAACACCAUGCCCGAGAGCCCCCGCUUCUACCUGGAGAACGGGAAGCACGAUGAGGGCUGGAUGAUCCUGAAGCAGGUCCACGACACCAACAUGAGGGCCAAGGGCUGCCCUGAGAGAGUCUUCUCUGUCACCACCAUUAAGACGGUAAAGCAGAUGGACGAGCUGGUGGACAUGGGCGGGGACACGGCAGCCUGGCACCAGCGCUGGAAGAUGAGGCUGGUCAGCCUGUUUAAGCAGGUGAAGAGUAACUUCCUGGCCUGCUUCUCCCCCGAGUACCGGCGCACCACCCUGAUGAUGAUGGCCGUGUGGUUCACCAUGUCCUUCAGUUACUACGGGCUGACGGUGUGGUUCCCGGACAUGAUUAAGUACCUGCAGAAGCAGGAGUACGCCUCGCGCACCAAGGUCUUCAGCAAGGAGCGAGUGGAGCACGUCACCUUCAACUUCACCCUGGAGAACCAGGUGCACCGCAACGGCCAGUACUUCAAUGACAAGUUCAUUAAUCUGAAGAUGAAGUCCAUGGUGUUUGAGGACUCUGUGUUUGAGGAGUGCUACUUUGAGGACAUUACCACCAGCAACACCUUCUUCAGGAACUGCACCUUCAUCUCGACUCUCUUCUACAACACAGAUCUCUUUAAGUACAGGUUCGUUAACAGCAAGCUGAUAAACAGCACGUUCCUGCACAACAAAGAGGGCUGCAUGCUGGACUUCAGCGACGACAACAACGCCUACAUGAUCUACUUCGUCAGCUUCCUGGGCACCCUGGCCGUGCUGCCCGGCAACAUCGUCUCCGCCCUGCUCAUGGACAAGAUAGGACGCCUGAGGAUGCUGGCGGGCUCCAGCGUGAUGUCGUGCAUCAGCUGUUUCUUCCUGUCGUUCGGCAACAGCGAGUCGGCCAUGAUCGCGCUGCUCUGCCUGUUCGGCGGGAUCAGCAUCGCCUCCUGGAACGCCCUGGACGUGCUGACGGUCGAGCUGUACCCCUCUGACAAACGGACCACGGCGUUCGGGUUCCUGAACGCGCUGUGCAAGCUGGCGGCCGUGCUGGGCAUCAGCAUCUUCCAGUCCUUCGUGGGCAUCACCAAGGCCGUGCCCAUCCUCUUCGCCUCGGGCGCCCUGGCCGCCGGCAGCUUCCUGGCACUCAAGCUGCCGGAGACCCGGGGCCAGGUGCUGCAGUAGCGGGCGGCCACCAGCAGAGGGCAGCAGAGUGGAGCCCCCCCCUCCCCCCCCCGCAGCGGCCACACUGUGACUAGUGCCGACCCCGAGUCCCCUCUCUCUCUCCGCCACGCCCUGCCCCGCCCCGCCCUGCCCGUCCGACCCGGACUCAUAACCCCAGGUGACCGGAGGGGCCGUUACCGUGGAAACCCUCAUCAGUUCUGCUUUUAUUGUGGGCUACAGUUCUCUUCCCUUAUCCCCUCUGCCACCCCCUCCCCCUCCACCCCCAAAUGUGUCCUGAAUUAAGCUAAUUGAUGUAAUUGAUGGGGGAACAGAUUGGUGCAAUAUAUUGCAGUCACUUUGGGAAUUCAGUUGCAUUGAAGGAAUAGCGGUACGGUUCAUAAAAUUAGCUUAGUUAACUCUUUCCAAACCCUCUCGCCCUGUCGGACACCGCGGUCCCGGCCCCCUACAGCCGUUUUUUUUCCUUCAUAAGCAGCCUGUCUGUUUUCCAUCUGUAAAUGUUUAAUGUUGUUUGGGAGAAGACGAGUUUACAUAAGUUCACGCCAGUCUCCACGGAUACGGGCCAGCUUCCCUUUUUGUAUGUAUAAUAGGGCACAGUAUCUCCCCUAGCCACUUAGCAUAGCCAAAAUCCAAGCUAUCAAUUUCAAACAAACAAACAAGCAAACAAACUUACAAAAAUGACUGAGAAAAAAAACAAAAAACCUAUAAAGCGCCUAGUGUCAAAUGUCCUUCGGGGUUAUGGGGGAGGGGGGUUUGGGGGCCUUAAUUUUGAGCCAUAUAAAAUUUCUGCUUCUCUUCUCUCUCUCCACAAACACUCUGUAACUCAAAACCCAGAGAGGGAACUCUGAGGCAAGUUCCUUUCCCUUUCUCUCUCUUUCUCUGUCACUCUCUCCACCAUCAAUGCUGUUCACCCCCACCAUUCCCAAAUUAUGCUCUUACUCCCAAAGAAACCACAUCAGAUCACAGCACAUCGGUGUCCAUUCUACUAUCUAACCACCUUUACAACUGCCAUUUUAUAGACUUAGAUUCUAGAACAUUCCAGUUUUACUUGCUUAGAUUUGAAAUUACGGAGUGGACAGCCAUUGGUCAGUUAAAUGUAUUGGUGGACAGCCAUUGGUUAGAUCCCCCCAAUUUCUGCCUAUAUUGGCACCACAACCAGAGAACUUUAACAGAAACCCAAAUAUGGAAAAUCCCUUAAGGAACUGAGCCAGUUUUUUUAAAUCAAGAUUUGGGACUGCUGCUUAUUUUCUUUUUAAUUUCAGCUGUCUAAAAAUAAUUGUAAUUGUAAAUGUUCUGAUUUUGCACCUUUGUGAGAGAUAAGCCAUCUAUCUUAAUGUAGAUUUAACCAUUCAUUUUUCAUGUUGUCACGGAAGGGAAAAUAGCGCCAAACCCUCUUUGUUGGUGGAGACACAAUUAUGAAUCCCGGUCAGGUCAGGGGUUAAGCUCACUUCCACAACGGUCUGUUGCAGUCCUCAUAAUGACCGCACGACUUCUUGGUUCUGUUUAGAUGGGACUGCAGGUGUUUAGAAUGAAAGCUGACCCUAUACUACUAAAAUGUGUACCCUACCUCCCACAUCUGCUUCUCACAUUAGAAUUUCUUUCUUUAACGCCUUAAUUAUGCCUCUCCCUUUUACAGUACCGCUAUACGCACUUACUCACACACACUCAUGCACACACACUCACACACGUCUCAGAGCAGCUCAUUUCUUCAGUAGACUAAAGCCAAGGCAGCUGAACUCUUAGGAUCAGGGGGUAGGGUUCUCCUGUCAGAUGACUUGGCAACAUACAAGCGUGUCGUUAUCUGGGAUCCUGCCCAUCGCUGUAAGUCGCGGUGAGCAUGAGCCAGAGGUGAGCACAAACAGCCCCGACGCCAUUCUGCCAGCUCUCACGGGCGAUCGGGUGCUCUGUCUUUUUUUCUUCUUCUUCUUCUUUUAAAAAACGUUGUGUCAGCUAUAGCUGUGUCAGGGCCGAUAUACAGUUAAACCUGCGCAGCUGAAGUUCCGGAAAUCCUCAUCUCCCCCCACCCCCCCCCCCCCUUCAACCAACCUUGCCUCAUAUGUCACAGAAUUCUGUUGAACGCACGUCAUUUUCAUUAAUUACAUUUUUGUAGCUAUUUUUAUUUAUUUUUUGGUUGUAGUUAGGUGUAACAUGUGCGUAUUCUAAUGCUAAGGCGCCAAUACUUUUUUGUAACUUACACCCACACAAGCCACACCCCCUAGUAACAGUGCCCCUCCCCCCAGCUGUGUUUUCGAGCUGAGAGGAAAGGCGACCAAUAACAGCGGACGAUCACACUCAACAAAGCACAAGGCAGUUCGGACAAACGCAGCCAAUGUAAUUUCCUUUCUUUUGAAAAUAGUGUACAAAAUUAUAUAUAUAAAUACCGAUUUAAAAGAAACGGAAAACACAAAGUCUGUGUAAAAAUAAAAAAAACAUUGCUUUAGCUAUUUAAAAAAAAAGGAUUAUGGACAUAAAUACAGAAAAUAAUGAAUAAAAUGUUCCACUUUAGUUUCUGUAACACAGUAGCAAGACUAUUAGUUUUAGAUAGUUUUACAUGUGAUAUAUGUAUAUAUUUUGAUUUAUUUAUUUAUUGACGGUGGGUUAAAAUGUGUUUUAAAACAAGAAUCUAUUUUAUUGAUAUGCAGUGACUGCAUAUGUUUCGUCCUUAUUGUCUUUCAUGUUUUUGCCAAGAAACUAGUCAGCAAACAUGUUAAUAUGUAAGGAUCUGUGAGCGUGUGUGUAUUUGGGUGUGUGUGUGUGUGUGUGUGUGUGUGUUUGUGGGUGUGUGUUUCUGCGCGCAUGCGUGCGUGUUCAUGUGCGACGCAGAGCGAGUAUGUGCAUAUGCGUUUGUUUGAAUGUAUGUCGAAUGUGUACAUUUAUUAAAUGUAUACAGAUUUCAAUUUUUUUGAAAUGGUAAUGCCGAUCUGAGAUCUGGUUGUUGCUUGUUCAGAGGAGGAAAUGUAGUGAAAUUAUUUUACUUAUGAUGUUGUGAUCAGAUCUGAAUUCUGAGACAGAGAAACAAAGUGCAGGGUUAUUUGAGAGCUCCCAUUGGCUAUUUCUCACAGGUAAAAUAACUCUACAGGAGUAUUUUUAUAUAUAUAAAAUAAUCACACGUGUGUGUGUGAGUGUGUGUGUCUGUGUGUGUUUGCGCGUGUGCCUAUAGGAUUGCAGGGUAAUUACAAAAUAAGGGUCUGGAAAAACAGUAUGCAGUGUCAAACCCUGUUGCGUGUGGACGGCAGCUAAGCCUGACUAAAAAAUAUCAAGCGUUUGGGCCGAAAUACUGAGAUUUUGGAACUUCUGAGAGAAGCCAGAGCACAACUCUGUGCGGAAGUUUUAGCAAACUAUUUUAGGCACAACACAUUAAGAUGACCAAAACAGGCCAGCUCAACUGGUCUAUUGAUUGACUUAACCAAACAGAACCCUCUCACCUGGACCUGCGCUUACUGUCUCUCAGUUGUACUAUUAUGAUUUAACCCUUUGAAGAGUAUGUUUCUUUGGAAUGUUUUUUUUCCCCCCAAAAUUUCAAGUCGGUGUUCUAGAACUCCUUUGCUUUCAAUUACCAGUAGUGAGCCUUACAUCGGCAUUACAUUAGAAUGUUCAGUUAACAUUCUAAUGACAUAUUUGUGAUCUCACACCUUAAAGGGUUAAAAGCACACCCAGGUCAAUGCUAUUAGCUACAAAACAAACUAUAUAUAUAUAUAUAUAUAUAUAUAUAUAUAUAUACAGCUCUGUACAUUUUUUUUUUUCUGUUGGUUUAAAAAUUUGUGACAGGGAGAGCGAAGCGUGGUUAAGAAGGUUUGUUUUUGUUUGUUUCCUGGUUGAGUAGAGGGCUGGUUGUUGCAGGCGUGGUGGUCCCUGAAGCUUUUUAAGCAGAUUACACAAGGCACCGAGGCAUGGCACUCACUUUCAGUUACCGUGCAAAAAUUUGUGUUCUCUCGUACAUGUUUGUGCCUCACUCCUCGAGUCCUAGGGUUUUGGUGUCCCCAAACAAGAGUGUUGUGGCCCCUCAAAAAAUGUGUAUUGUGUGGCCCAGGGAUGGUGGAGGCCCUAAACGACCUCAUAGAGCAUUUGAAUCAGUAGCGGGCCCUGCUCCCUCUACAGCGUUCUGAAUAAGAGGCAAAUAUUUCAGAUUGUAUAGAGGCAGGGGGAUUUUUUUUAUGUUGUAGGGCCUCCAGGCAUUGUAGUCCCUGGUUUGAGCAGAGGAAAGUUUUUAUAGGCAGACACCUGGUUGUAUUUUACUACCUAAAUUGGCUCGAAUCUGUCCUGGUCAGGAAUUAACGCGUGCACAGCCGUUACACUUUCAAACGAGACGCACAAAAAAACAGCGACAGUUCUUCGGUCUUUUAGAUAUAAACCAUACAACUACCUGACAAACACCAUAGGGCCUACCAGUGAAUGAGGAAACAUAUCGGAUUGCAAAAAAUCUGGAGUAUUUCUAAAAUGUAAUAUCACAUUCAUAAAAAGUUUACGGAAGAAAACGAACGAACAACAUUUAAUAGCACAGUACCCCACACAUGGUUAAAUAUGCUUCAAUAAUUAACUGAAACGACAGAUUUACGGUCUUAAUGACACUAACCUUUCAACGUGUUAUUUCGGGCCUUACUGCCUUAUACUUAAACAUUCUUUAGAGUGGAAGCAGGGUCAGAGCACGUAGCAGAGAAACGGACGCUAAAGUUCUCAGAAAUCGCAAUUCGACAGAGCGGGCGUCGAACAAGCACAAACGGAGAUCCGUGUUUUCACGUACCAACACGCACAAAGGGCUCAGAGUCGGCUAAUGUCCUUCGUUAAUCCCAAAACGUCCGUGCUACCAAGUGCUUGAUUCCUGUACACAAUGGCGAUUAAAUGAACGCAACGGUUAGGGCAGUGACCAAAAGCUAGCGCUAACUAACUGAUUAUGUGUUUGUCGUCGGUAACACUUGACAACAUUAACUUCGGCCUUUUAUUUCAAUAAGGGAUGUUAAAAUAGGGUUAAGUCACACUGUGACAUAUCCACAUGUUGCUACCAGACAGGUGGACAACAUGUUACACUAAUCUUAUUCUUGUGUGUCUCCAACACAAUGAUAUCGCCCAGUCUGCCUUAACCAUACUUUAAUAACCCCGACUGGUUUCAGACUAGAGCACAAUUAAUCACGAGCCAGAGUGCUGCCAUGGCGACAGCCAGCCCUCCCAACCAACUUGUCACAGAUGGUGUAGUGACAAUCAGUAUGCGUGUCGUGUGUAAUGUGUGUCGUUGUGAAUUUGCCAAAUAUUUUUCUACUUCUUUGUUUCUGUCCUGGUUCCCUCCUUCCGAAAGACGGCUCAAUGCAGAAAGAGAAAAACAAAACAACAUAUCUACGGAAUUGCAAAUGAGAAUUAAAAUAAUGCAAUAGUUGUAGUCGACGAUGUGGCAUCCUUUAAUGGUACUGAGCUGGGGAGUGGAGCUCUUUUUAGUGAACAGACCUGGCGAACGAGCAAUCAUAAACGGCGGCCGUUUCUCUUUGCGCAACAUGGCAAAAAGAGACGGUUUUCUUCUAAGGCUUCUGUUUAAAAAAAAAAAAAAAAAAUAGCACACAAGGCUGUUGAUGUGUCUUAUUGACCAGCUAGCCACAAAGAACAAUAGAGCUGAUUUAACAGGAUCAAGGUGUUUCAUAAAAUUUGAACAGGUCGGUUAUGGCAUGUUUCCAAUAUCCUUAAUGAGGAGAAACCUGCCAGAAUGGCCAGGCUGUGUUCAUACGAAUACCUUCCAAUUCCACAUACUCGCCGUCAGAUGAGAUUAGCCUGUCGGUUAGUGCAGCAUGCUCCUGUUGAGUGCGUCCUGUGUAUCGUCUAAAAUGCCCGCCUGUCAAGACCGGAUCGGGCGUAUAUGUAUGUGUAUUGCUGUCGUGCGGUGUGAUAUCGAUCUCUUCGUGAUGAUUGUGUAAUGAAUCUCUGUGGAGCGUUUUGGCGGUUCUGUCUCUCUUGAAUUUAAGCAGCUGUAGUCUUAUCGUCCGUGUAGCUGUGAAGGUUAUUACUCGCCGUUUCUCCGUCAUUCUUUUGCUUUGAUUUGUUUUGUAUUUAUUAUUAUUUUUUUUGUAACAGAGUAACGGUCGAGUAACAGCCACACGCAAAGUAACGUUACAGGCAAUCAAAGCAAUAAGAUGUCACGUGGUCGCUUGCUCAGUGACACUCGCGCUGCAGUAUAGCGAACCACCGCUUUCAAUGUAAAAAAAAAAACUGAAUAGGCCAAAUACUGGAAGGCAAGGACAGGUCCUCAUCCAGGUCUUCACCCAAAAGAGCUCCUCCCAGGCCUACAGUGACACCUGUCAAUUACAGAGGAACUUUUUUUUUUCAUGAAUUACCUGUGACUGAAAUCUUUAACAUGUUUUCAUUGUACUGUGCUGUAGAAAUCAUAGAUGUUUGUAUGUGAAAGUAUAAAUAUGUGGGACAAAAUAACGAGAAAAAAACUAAACAUAAAAAUACACAAAAAAAAAAACUAAAACAAAUGACAAACACUAUUGUAUGUUGUCUUUAAUUUGUGUGUUUUGUAAAUGAGAAUUGGAAAAGACGUGAAUAAAUAAAUCAAUGAGAAUAAAAA